UUUUCCCUCACAUUACUUCAUCAAGAAAACUAUUUCAUCACAUUCCUUCACUAUCAUAAUUCAUAUACACUGCUCAUCACAAAAAAAAAGAAAAAAAAAAUCAUAUACACUAUAUUAUAUUCCAGCAUAACUAGCUAGCAAUAUGGCAAUUCCAUUACCAUUUAUGUUACUUCUACUAUUCCUAGCACCUUCCAUUAUUUCUUCAUCCCCAAUUCAAGACCCUGAAUUAGUAGUAGAAGAAGUGCACAGGAGCAUUAACAAUGCAUCGGCAAGGAGGAACUUGGGAUUUCUUUCUUGUGGGAAUGGCAACCCGAUCGACGAUUGUUGGAGGUGUGAUCCGAAUUGGGAGAAGAACCGGAAGCGGCUGGCAGACUGUGCCAUCGGAUUCGGCAAGCACGCCAUCGGAGGAAGAGACGGCAAAAUAUACGUGGUGACGGACCCCGGCGACCACCCUGUUAGCCCAAAGCCAGGGACACUAAGAUAUGGUGUGAUUCAAGAAGAGCCAUUGUGGAUUGUGUUCAAGCGUGACAUGGUAAUUAAGCUUAAACAAGAGCUAAUGAUGAAUUCUUUCAAGACCAUUGAUGGAAGAGGAGUUAGUGUCCACAUUGCUGGUGGACCCUGCAUCACAAUUCAAUAUGUUUCAAACAUUAUAAUCCAUGGAAUUAACAUUCAUGAUUGUAAGCAAGGUGGGAAUGCCUAUGUUAGAGACUCUCCUUCACAUUACGGCUGGAGGACUCUUUCCGACGGCGACGGCGUCUCCAUCUUUGGUGGCAGCCAUGUUUGGGUGGACCAUUGCUCGCUGUCGAAUUGUCGCGACGGAUUAAUCGACGCCAUUCAUGGAUCUACUGCCAUUACCAUCUCCAAUAACUAUUUGACUCACCAUAACAAGGUUAUGCUUUUGGGACAUAGUGAUACUUUCACUCAAGAUAAGAAUAUGCAAGUUACCAUUGCCUUUAACCAUUUUGGAGAAGGCCUAGUUCAGAGGAUGCCAAGAUGUAGGUAUGGGUAUUUCCAUGUUGUGAACAAUGACUAUACUCAUUGGCAAAUGUAUGCCAUUGGAGGAAGUGCUGCACCAACUAUCAACAGCCAAGGCAAUAGAUUUCUUGCUCCUAAUGACAAUACCUUCAAAGAGGUGACAAAGCGUGAGGAUACACCACAAAGUAAAUGGAAGAAUUGGAAUUGGAGGUCUAAUGGAGAUUUAAUGUUAAAUGGUGCAUUCUUUACCCCAUCAGGAGCAGGUGCAUCUUCAAGCUAUGCAAGAGCUUCAAGUUUGGCAGCCAAAUCUUCUUCUCUUGUUGGUUCUAUCACUGCUUCAGCUGGAUCUCUUAAAUGUAGAAAGGGAUCACGCUGUUAAAUUUUAUAUACGGUGAAUAUUUUUAUAAAGACAUCUUCAUAUGAUAUUGUAAACUGUCAGAUAGUUUAGUUAAAUAUAUUAAACUAUCUAACCGUUUGUAAUAUCAUUUUUAUGUGAAGAUAUUUUUAUGAAAAUUUGAUAUUUUGUAUUUGUAAUACAACCUUGGCUUGUGUCUAGGACAAAUCAAAUGAUCCAAUUAGUUUGAUGAAGUUGAGAGACACAAGUUAAAGAGUUGAUAUAAUUAGAAGUUCAAUGAAUUGAAGAACCAGAAAGAAGAAAAAGAAAAAAGGAAAAAAGGUUCAUUUAAAUUAUUAUGCUCUUAAUAUAAAGUCCUAUUCUCUUUCUGUACAUGUGCUUCUAUAUCCAAUCACAUGCAAUGGAAGUGAACCUCAAUUAUCGCCUUGGUAAUUGAAACCAUGUAG